GAUAGGGUUUAAAUAUGUAAUUAAUUUUUAAUAAAAGAAAGAUAUUAAACAAAAUAAAAAAUAAAAUGGCUAAUACAACUUUGAACUAAUUAGAUUUGCAAAUUUUUUCUAGAUAGCUUAACGGAAGUACCAUGUCCGAAAAGGAGUUAUUAGAUGUUCAUAAUAUGAAGCCCUUCAUUAUAGGAGCUAAUAGCAAUGGCUCAGAAGUAGUAAAGAAUCUAGUUAAGAAUGGCAUGAGAGAUAUUUACCUUCAUGAUGAAUUUGUAGUAGAAGAGAAAGACAUUAAGAAUAUAUAUUUCCUAUUUGACGGCGAUUUAGGGUUAACAAAAGCUGAUGCUCUGAAAAAAUAUAAUCCUAAUAUACAGAUUAUAUUAAGGUCAGAAAUAAAUAAAGAUUAUAUAAGGACUCUUAAAAUAGACUGUAUAGUGGUAACUACUAUUUUGGAAUGGGACUUUCUAAAAAGAUUGAAUGAUAUUGCUAAAGAGUUAUAAAUUCCUUUUAUUCUUGGAUGUAAUAUGGGGCUUUCAUUUUUCGUCUUUAGCUGCUUUCCAUAGCUUUAGGGAGAAAAUGAUAAUAAACCGCAGAGAUCACAUUAUCAUUUUGAAAAAUAUUUUUCUACCGAAACCUCAUUAGAUUAAAUACUUAACUUGCAAACAUACAACGAGUUGCAUCAAGAGACUUUUGCUUUGUUAUGCACAAUCUUUGAAUACUUAAAGUAGCAUAAUUAACUACCUGAAUUAUUUAGUAUAGAGGACUCUGAAGAAUUCUAUACAAAAUUACAAUCAAUGGCUUAAAUCUUUGAAAUUAAUCUAAGAUUUACAAAAGAAACUUAUUGUAAAUAUAUAAUGAAUUCACGAAUAGAACUUGCUGCAGUUGCCUAAGUUUGUGGCGCCUUAAUAGCUACUGAAGUGCUUAAAUCCGUUAUUAAGCGUCUAGAGCCUUAUAACUAAGUCAUUUUUUGGGAAGACAUGUAGUAAAUGAGAAAUGCAUAAAUAGAUCAUCAUUAACAAUAAAUUAGAAGCAAAAAGCAAUUUUUUGACUAUGAAAUGCUUCUCGGUGAGUAAAUUAUGAAUGAUAUUGCUAAUUUAAAAGUUCUUUUGGUCGGUUGUGGAGCUGUUGGAUGUGAACAAGUUAAAAAUCUUUACUCAAUUGGAGCUUGCAGAGGAGAAAAAGGGCAUCUUUAUUUAGUAGAUGAUGAUCUAAUUGAAGGAUCAAACAUUCCAAGGUAAGUAUGUUUUACUUAUAAAGAUAUUAAAUAAAAUAAAGCCAAGACUUGCUAAAAUUGGCUUUAAAAAAAAGGCAGUUCCAUCAAAGUUACUUCAUAUGAUAUUCUACUUUGUAAAGAAAAUGAAAACGUUUUCACUUAUGAAUUCUUCAAAAAUAUUGAUUUGAUUAUUAUUGCUGUAGACUCUUCUUCAGCCAGAGAGUACAUAGCAGAUAAAGCAAUCGAACACAAGAUAUUCUUAAUUGAAUCUGGAACACAUGGCUUUGAGGCAUAAAGUUAAUCUUAAAUUCCUUAUUUAUCUAAAAGAAUUGAAAUACCAGUAAAAGAAUAAAUAAGUACUGCCUCAUGCACAGCUAAAAGUGCUCUGAAGAACGAAGGAGACUCAUUAGUCUAUUCAAAAAGUAUUUUUAAUAGCGAAUUUUCAUAGCUAAGAACUGAUGAUGAUGUAACAUUUCUAACUAAUUAAUUGCUCUAAGAUUUGAUGCAACUUUACUCAAAAAUGCAGGAUAACCUAAAUUUUUGCUUCAAAGUGUUGAAGUUAUUUGUAAUAGAAAUCUUUAAUAAGAUGUUUUAUGAUGAUGUGAUUCAAAUAGGAAAAAUUAGCAAUCAAAAUUACAAUCCUUUUAAGUUCGAUGAAAAAAAUCCUGAUCAUUUAGAGCUUGUCGAUAGUUUAUGUCAUAUUCUCAACCAAGCCUUAACUGAAUUUAGUUAGAAAAAUUCUUUGGACAAUAAGAACUCUAUUAUUAUAUAAAGCCCUAGUUAAAUUCUACCAAUUUUCGACAAAGAUGACUUUUUCCAUGCUAAUAUUGCAUAUCAAAUCUCAAAACUUAGAAGUUAAGCUUUUAAUAUUAAUUACAAAUUAGAAAGGUAUGAUGCGGUGGGUAAAAUAGGAAACAUUAUUCCAGCCAUUAUUCAGUCUACUUCUGUUGCAUCAGGCUUUGCAUUUUUACAAAUAAUUCCGUGGUUAAUCAACAAAGAAGAGAUAUCAUAACUUUAUCAAGAAAUAAUUUAAGAAAAUAGUAAUUUGAGAUAAUAGUAAUAAGGUAAUAAUGAAGUAACUUAAAAAGCAAACCUAACAAGAAAUGAUUUAUUUUUAAGUGAAGAUAGAGUUUUAGAAUUUAAGAAUAGAUUUAAUUAGUUAGGUUUUGUUGAUACUUUCGGAAAUGUAAGUUAUCCUGAUUCAUUAAAUAGAUCUAGAAUAAAAUUUGAAAUAGCAUACUUAAACUCUUUUGAUCUAAAAGUUAAGACAGAAACUAAAUUACCAGAAAUAGUUUAGUAGAUUAACGAAAUACUUUCUAAAAAUGCUUUACCUGAAACUUACGUUGUUGAGAUCUAAUAAUAAAAGAUCUUUUGGAAAGACUUCUAAUCUAAUCGUACAGUGUUUUCAUCUUUAAAAUAGUCACUAAGCAAUUAUUAGCAACAAGAUAUUUUGUCAAUAAUUAAAUCUAUUCAAAGUGACUAUUCAUUAUCCACUCCAUGCAAAUUAGUUAUUUUUACAUCUAAGCUCAUGAAAAAUGUCAUCAAAGUUCCUGGAGAAAAAAUUUCAGAAAUUAAUAUUUUCUUUGAUUGAUAAAAUAUUUAAUAUUUAUAGAGAAUUAUGUUUUUUAAUUAAAAUAAUUUAUUUAUUUUUGAGUUUGCUUAAAAAUUUAGCUUGAUUAUUUUUGUUAUUCUCAAUUUAUAAUUUCAAAUAAUAUUUUUUUUUUAAAUUAC